AUGGAAGAAUGCAAACCCCCGCCUCUCCCCUCCCCCUUCAACAACACUACACCACCACCAACCCUCCUCGCCCAAGGUGCUGAAGCCCACCUCUACAAAACCACCUCCCUCAACCCCUCCAUCCCCGCCGCGCUCAAGAUUCGCCCCUCAAAACCCUACCGCCAUCCAAUUCUCGACCGCCGACUCACCCGCCAACGGAUAACCUCGGAAGCACGAUGCCUGGCGAAACUGGUACGGGAGGGCGUCAGCGUUCCAGCCCUCCUAGCCCUGGACUGGGAGGGCCACGGCGGCACAGAAGGCGGGUGGGGCGGUGCCUGGCUAAUGAUGGAGUGGAUUGACGGGCCUGUGGUGCGGGUAGUUCUCGAGCAGUGGGAAGCAUGGAUGAAGCAGAGCCAAAGCUCGCUGAGUGAAUCACAGAUCGAAAGCGAAGAAGCGCGUGUGCGCGACUUGUUGAGGAAAAUGGGGUCUGCUAUCGGUGUCUUGCACAAGGCUGGUGUUGUGCAUGGAGACUUGACUACGAGUAACCUCAUGCUGCGACCAUCUGCAGAUACAAGUGGUGCUGUUGAUGGCGCUGGCUCGCCCUCCACAGAGGGCGAUGUCGUGCUGAUUGAUUUCGGUCUUGCGUCGCAGAGUAAUCAGGAUGAGGACCGGGCUGUUGAUUUAUAUGUGUUGGAGCGGGCGAUUGGGAGCACGCAUCCGCGCUCGGAGCCUAUGUUCGAUGCGCUGAUUGCGGGUUACCGGGAUAGCUACAAGGGGGCUCUUUCUGCGCUGAAGAGGCUUGAGGACGUGCGCUUGAGAGGGCGGAAGAGGAGUAUGCUUGGUUAA